AAUUUCUUCGGCAAAGGGAUUGCGUGGAGGUCGUUGUUCACUCGCUACACUCAGUUCUUUUGAGCAGUAGUCAAAGUUAGGAAAGUUUGUAAAUGCUGUAACAAAAAGAGGAGCCUAUCCUUAAAAAACGAACACCAAACCAAAGGUUGGUGGUGGGUGGUGGCUACCGCUCUGUCCAGUGUUUGUUGUGUGCGGAGUAAAAAGUCUUUAGCACCAAAGCAACUAAAAUCCCUUUCUUCCGGCUUCAAUACGGACGGGUGUGUGGCGCAUAAAGGGCAGCAGCUCUGUGUUAAUUUGAGGUGGUACAAGUUGAAACUCCCCAGGCCCUGCGCUGGAUACUGUAGUUUGGUUGAUUUGGGGCGGUAAAUACACGAACUUGAAGUGAAAUGUGUUGUUAAGUUUAUUUGUUAGGUUAGAAGGCCACAUUUUGUUCUAUACCAGUACCUGGUAAAGACUUUUUCACAGAAGAAUUCUAUGGAACUACACACAGCAGAUGUUAAUCUACCCAACACAAAUUCAAAUUUUUAGUUCCAUUUUCAAAAACAGAGAUGUCGCCACUAGUCGCUACAACGACGGCGAUACUCUUCGUCAUGUUACCUUAGCAACGCCAUGCCCAGCGCAUUGUUGAUUGUGCCGUCAACGUGUAGUCCUUGUUAGGCAACAGUCGCGGGUACAUUUCUGCUUCUCCGCCAAGCAAACACAAAUUCCCAUCCCAAUAAUGCCACUGAUACCUAAAAAUUACACCUGGCAGCAGCGAAGUUUCCCCAGCACCGGCACAUCCAGCCAAUCAGUAGUGAGCAUUGUUCUGCGCGUGCCAUUUCCGGCGAAUCGAUUUCAGCCGGAUGACAUCUUCACGAUGGAGCAGUUUCUGAAAAUUUCCCACCCACCCCACUACUGGGAAUUGUUUCUGGCCCACCCGAUCGACGCGGACGCGAGCCACUGCAGCAUCCUCGAGAACGAGGUGGUGUUCGAGCUGGUCAAGCAGGACCCGACCGUGUGCUGGGAUACGGUCGAGCUGGAUGUACCGCGGGCGGAAAGAGCCACGCUCAAGCAGCAGUACGAGGAGCAGCACCGGAAGCGUUUGGAGCAGCAGUCGAAGCAGCGAGCCAUCGAGAAGGACCGCAAGAAAAAGGACGAAAUCCAUCGGCAGAUCGAGCGGGAACGAGCCGACCGUUCGGCCAUCGAUAAUCUGCUGGAAGAGUCGAAGCAGCGGGAGCUGAAGCGGAUGGAGCUCGCGAUGGUAAAGCAGUACCGUCCAGAUCCGGCUAAAGCUUCUGCACCGAGCACGGGCGAAAGUUUGUCCAACAUUCAACCCACUCCACCUAAGGGGGCUGGGGCAACCGGGACACAGCACUGCGACCAGCAGCAGGAACCCCGUCCUUCUUCGCCACCGGCAAUUCGGCGCUCCGGUACGCUCGAGGUAACGUUCAGCGAGCGAACGUUCGUUACGCCGAAGCGCGAAUCGAUGGAGCAGGCGGAACAGGAGUGGACACUCAAGCAGGCCGCCGCCCGCCGUGCGGUGGGCUUCGCCGACGACGAUCUACGCCCGGACGAGCGAAAUCCCGAGUGGCUGAAGCAGCGCGGCGAUACCUUUUUCCAGCAGCGAAACUUUCUGGCUGCCAUCUCGGCGUACAGUGCCGGCAUACGGCUUACGAAGGAUUACUAUGCACUGUUCCUGAACCGGUCCGCUGCACACUUGGCGCUCGAGAACUACCAGCGCUGUGCUGAAGAUUGUUCGACGGCGCUGGAACUUUUGCAACCACCGGUCGAGGCGAACCGGAGGGCCCGGGUAGCGUGUCUGGCACGGCGAGCAGCCGCCCUUGUAAAGCUGGGCUUUCUACAGCAAGGGUACGAGGAGAUGAUAGCCGCCAGCCGGCUCGAUCCAGACGAGGCGAGUCUGCGGCUCGAGGUGGAUCGUUUAAGGCGCUGCAUUGAGGAAGAGCGGGAAAAUCGAAGCGAGUCAGAAUCGGACGAAUAAGCUUGCCAGAGAAGCUUACCGUGCGGCAGAUUGUAGCGAACGUGUGUGUGUAUGAAGGAUGUGUCCUUACACUGAGGUACGGUACAAAAGGCGUAGGCUUGCAAUAAACACGUGGCACGGUAACACGGUAUUUAAUAUCAAAGAGCCGAAGAGUGGUUGUUGUUGCCGUUGCCCAAAACCGACACAGCCUUUCAACCUCAUCUUCAAAGACACGUUCGGCUAGGCGAAAGACUCACGCAAAAUGGGCCGCUUAAAAGGCGCUUAAAACGCUUGCUGCAAAACAAACUUUAACCUUACCCAACCUUAACCUCCGCGGUGUUGCGGUGGCGCCUCCCAACAGUUGUUCACUUUACGCGCCUUAAUUGUUAUCAGGUUACCACUACCGAAAAGGACAAUCGUGCCGCAUUAUACUGCCAUAAUCUUAUCAACAUGAAAGAGCAGCCACCAUUUCGGGAGGGAAGGCAGGUCAAUCUGAGCACAAUGAACCUCGUAAUGAACAUCAAACACUUUCACCCCCGGACAAAUCUUUCUCGUUUCUUCUUCCACCGAGUAAGCAACCAGAGAUUAUCUUCAUUCUCCUCCCUCCGCAU